AUGAAGGACAUGCAACUCAAAAUUAACUUUCUACUUGGCCUAGUUAUGACUGCACUAGUACAAGCUGUAGAAAAAAAAGCAGAUUGUCCAGAGUCAUGUAUAUGUGAGAUCAGACCAUGGUUCACCCCCAGGUCUGUGUAUAUGGAGGCUACAACAGUGGACUGUAAUGAUUUAGGCCUUUUUAAUUUUCCAUCCAGACUGCCUGCUGACACACAAGUUCUACUUCUACAGACUAAUAAUAUUGUAAAAAUUGAACACUCAGUAAACCUUCCAGUGAAUUUAACUGCUCUAGAUUUAUCUCAGAACAAUUUAUCCUCAGUGGCCAGUUUUAAUCUUAAAAAGAUACCACAGUUGCUUUCAGUGUACCUUGAAGAAAACAAACUUACUGAACUCCCUGAAGAAUGCCUCUCUGGACUCCAAAAUUUAGAGGAGCUUUAUGUUAAUCAUAAUCUGAUUUCUGUGAUUGCACCAGGAGCUUUCAUAGGCCUCAAUAAUCUUCUCAGACUUCAUCUCAAUUCAAAUGGUCUGCAAAUGAUCAACAGGAAGUGGUUUGAAGCUACUCCUAAUCUUGAAAUUCUCAUGAUUGGAGAAAACCCAAUAAUCAGGAUCGAAGAUAUGAACUUUAAGCCUCUUAUCAAUCUGCGCAGCCUAGUUUUAGCAGGCAUAAAUCUCACUGAAAUACCAGAUAAUGCUUUUGUUGGCCUUGACAAAUUAGAAAGCAUUUCCUUUUAUGACAACAGAUUUGUUAGAGUGCCCCACAUUGCUCUUCAAAAGGCUAGAAAUCUUAAAUUUCUGGAUCUAAAUAAGAAUCCAAUUAACAGGAUACGACGAGGAGAUUUUAGCAAUAUGCUGCACCUAAAAGAAUUAGGAAUUAAUAACAUGCCAGAACUGAUUUCUAUAGAUAGUCUUGCUGUUGAUAAUUUGCCAGAUUUAAGAAAAAUAGAGGCUACCAAUAACCCCAGAUUAUCAUACAUUCAUCCAAAUGCAUUCUACAGACUUCCCAAGCUAGAAUCGCUCAUGCUCAACAGCAACGCACUGAGCGCCCUGUACCGCAAUACAAUCGAAUCCUUGCCUAACCUCAAAGAAGUUAGCAUACAUAGCAACCCCAUCCGAUGUGACUGUGUCAUCCGCUGGAUCAACAUGAAUAAAACAAACAUUCGCUUCAUGGAGCCAGAGUCCCUGUUUUGUGUAGACCCUCCUGAAUUCCAAGGCCAGAACGUGCGGCAGAUACACUUCCGGGAAAUGAUGGAAAUCUGUCUCCCUCUGAUAGCUCCUGAAAGUUUUCCAUCUACUCUGGAUUUAAAAAAUGGCAGCCAUAUUUCCUUACACUGCAGAGCAACAGCAGAACCAGAACCUGAAAUCUACUGGAUAACACCAUCAGGACACAAACUUCUGCCUAAUACUCUUUCUAAUAAGUACUACAUUCAUUCUGAAGGAACAUUAGACAUAAGUGAUGUAACACAAAAGGAAAGUGGCUUGUACACAUGUAUAGCAACAAACUUAGUUGGGGCAGACCUAAAGUCAGUCAUGAUUAAAGUGGAUGGCUCUUUUCCUCACGACAGCAGCGGAUCUUUGAAUAUUAAAGUAAAAGAUAUAAAAUCUAAUUCUGUUUUGGUUUCAUGGAAAGCAAGCUCUAAAAUUGUGAAGUCUAGUGUCAGAUGGACAGCCUUUCUGAAAGCUGAAAACUCUCAGGCUGCACAGAGCGCUCGAGUACCAUCUGAUAUAAAGGUAUAUAAUCUUACACAUCUAAAUCCAUCAACUGAAUACAGAAUUUGUAUAGAUAUUCCCACAAUCUAUUCACAGAUUAAAAAACAAUGUGUCAAUGUAACCACAAAAGGACUGGAUUUGGCAGUGAAAGGCUAUGAAAAGAACAACCUAAUAGGAUUCCUUGCCUGCAUCGGUGCUCUUCUGGGAAUCAUCUCUAUGAUAUAUAUUUACAGCUGCAUCUCACAAGAGAUGAACUAUGAUGCUGGACACAGCCACCUAAAGAAUUACCUGAAGAAACAAUCCUUUUCACUCAGUGAGCUUCAUCCUCCUCUAAUCAGUCUUUGGGACACAGGAAAAGAAAAGAGCACACCAAUGGAAGUAAAAGCAACUGUAAUAGGUGUACCAACAAAUAUGUCAUGA